AUGUGGGUGCUCUUCGGUGGCGGCCCAGGACUCCAGAAGGUCGCCCGGAGUCCUGCCGAGGACUCCCUCGAGGCGCUGGGCUGCCAGGUCAAGGGCUACAAGACCCACAAGAACGCCGCGCGCGCGCUGGACAAGAAGCGAACGCUUCCUCGGUCCAUGGUGCUGGUGAGCGGUCUGGAGGCAUCUCACUUCCUGAACUACGUCGCGUCCAGGCCAGAGUUCGGCGCCACCAAGGGCAAGGGCACGACCUCCCUGGCAUGGGAGGCGGGCUUCGGCGGCCUGCCGCUGCUGGCCGCGGAGCUGGCCCGCUGGGCCCUGGGCGUCCUGGCGGGGUGGCGGCCGCGGCCGUUUCUCAUGUUCAGCGUCUGCGAUGAGAUCUCGACUGAGUACGGCGAGCCGCCACCGCGCCUGGCGCACAUGCGGGUCGCCGUCGUCGGCGUCUCAAUUGCCCACCCCGAGCAUUUCAGUGUCUUCACGACGGACUUCGACGUGCACCUCCCAGGGUGCGACGCCAGAAACGACGACAUCAAGAACUCGUGGAUGCAUUGGGCUGCAGGUGCCCCGCUCGGGGCCGCCGUCUGCCCUGCUGGCGUCCAGUGCUACGACUUCGCUGCUGCGCCGACCGCUGCUCAGGUCGCUGGGGCGUGCUUUCUCGCUGCGGGCAGACUUGCUGCCCAUGGUCGCGCUCUGGGCCCUCUCGGCGUCGGCGCGGGCUGCGGCCCCGGCCCUGGCGCCGCGCCCAGUGUUGCCAUCGUCGCCGCAGCCCUAGGUGCAGGGUGGCCCUUCGGAGGCGGCUUCGCCGCUGGCGCGCCGGCCGCGAUGGCCGUGGCCGCCGCCGGAGGCGCUGCCUUUGCAGUGCCCACCGCCGCCCCCGCCGCUGGUGCCGGGCCCCGUGCCCUGGCCGCCCGCGCUGAGCUGGUGGGCGUGCCUGAGGCUGUGGCGCCCGCUUUGCCCGCCGCUGCCGGGCCCGCCGGCGGGGCGGCCGCGGGCCCUGCAGCCGCCGGCGGCGGCGGCGGCGGCGACCUCCGCACCCUCGCGACCGCCCGCGACAGCCUGGGCCAGCGCCAUCGCGAGUUUCGGGACAGCGUGCAGCUCAGGUGGCCUACCUGCGUCCCCGACCGGCCUGGCCCAGGCCCCGCGACGUACCAUUGGGUCGCCACCUGCCAGGCCAAGAACGGAGCCGACAUCACCCCGCGCAUCGCCCUGUCCGACACUGCCCCAGUUGCCCGCUGUGACCUCGUGUCCUGGCCUCCUGGCGGCUCAGCGCCCGUCGCGGAUGAGUCCGCCCAGCUGGAGGCUGGCCGUUUGUGGCUGCAGGACGAGAAGGCCCACGAUGGCGCCCCUGUGCGCAAGUCGGAGCUGCUGCUGCCAGAGCGCGCCAUCUCGCCCGUGGGCUGGUCGCCAAGGACUGGGGCGGGCCCCCCUGAGGUCGACCCGAACCUGCUGGUCGGCCAUGGAUGGGCCGUCGCGCACUCGCCACCGUGGCGCGAGGCCUGCGACAUUUGCCGCGCCGAGGGCCUUGCGCUGGGCUCCGCGCUCCUGCGCCAGCUUCGCGUGUCCGACCCCUUCGGCUGGCGGGUCGUCUGCCCGCUCGCGAUUGGCGUAGGCCGCGGUCGCUCCGCCCAGCGCAGCGUCCUCCCGAAGGACCAUCGGGAGAUCUGUGCCCUCUCGCUCGCCUGCAGGUUGCGCGCCAAUGCCGGGCGGGUCCCCGGCGCGAGCUCGUCCAACGGCCCAUCGCGCGGGCUGCCGUGCACCGAGCGCGCGGGCCCUGACGUGGCUGCCGGCCUCGGCGAUCGCCUCCCCCACCAGGCCCUGCAGCCGUCGGUCGGCGUGGGCACGCUCCUAGACUACCGGCGGAGGGUCGACAGCUUCGUGAUGUGCUGCUCGGAACUCCUCCUGGAUUGGAGCAGCUGGGCCCAGCUGGACGUGGCCGUCGUCGCCUGCGUCGACUACCUGCACUUCCACGGCUACAGCGAGGACGACGCGUCGCCGCUCCUCGGGGCCCUCAAGUCCUUCCUGCCGCCCAUCUGCCGCUGGGGCGACCUUGCGCUCUUCUGGGCGUCGAGCAGCCUCGCGGGCUGGGGCAAGCGCGCCCCGCAGCGCAUGCGGAUGCCGAUCCCCUGGCUGGCGGUUGCGGCCAUGCCGGGUGUCAGGCCGACGCAAUGGCAGUUCGAGCAGACCAUCGCAAUGAUCCUCGGCGUCGCUGGCUACCUCCGAUCGUCCGAGCGCGACCUGCUGACGGCGAUGCCAGUCGCCCCCCCCGGUUGGGGGGCCGCCGGGGCCUCGGGCGUCGCCGCGUUGGUCCUCCGCCCGAACGAGCUGGGGCACUUGGGAAGGACGGGCCUCCGUGACUUCACCGUCGGCGCCUGCGUCGACUGCGGCCGCCCGCUGGGCGAGCGGCUCCCCGCCGCCGUCCUGAACGGCGCCGCGGCGGCCGUCGACAUCGGGAGCGCGAAGCUCCGCUUCGCCUUGGGCCUCGUGUCGCUGCGCCGCUCCACGGGCGUCCCCGUCUAUCUCGAGAACCCCCGCUUGUCCUGA